CACCUUAACACCAUAAGCAUGGGGAACCGCACAUUAAAGUAUGGAGGAAAGUCGGGUAUCUUGCCCAAGCCUCGUGCCAUCUUCAAGUCCAACCCUAUAAAACCCAUGACAGAACAAGAAAAAGCCCAUCACGCUUCCAUCGAACAGGGUUAUGCUGACUCUGUUCCUUUACCAGUUAAGAAAGGAUUCUCCUUCCACCGCAAAGUUGAGCCUAAAAAAGUGGUGACGGUCGAAGAACGAAUCAGAAAGACCAUAGAUGAAAGAACACCCAAGAAUGUCGACACCACCCAGUUGAAGGACGAAGAAAUAUGGAAGUUGAAGGUAGGUGACAUCCGCAGAGAGCAUUUGAGAACCGCAUACUUGAAAGAAUACGAACGGUUGAAAAAGAUCGAUGAGUUGGAAGCCAAGCGUGCCGCCGAAGCCAAACAAGCGGAACAGAGCAAGCAGGAGUAUGAAGAGACCGAAGCCACCAAAUUGACCUUACCUACGAUUGAAUCGUAUUUACAAGGGCCCAUAAUGAGACAAAGAACUCCUACGGAACAGGCAUUGUUGGAACACAAACGAGCAUUCAACAGAAAGAGCCGGGAGCUUGAAGUCAAAGAAUCCAGGGCUGAGCAGUUGCUAGGUUUAUACCACCAGGCCAGCAGCUUUGUCACCACGGAAGCCCAGUUGGAAAAAGCCAUCACCGAAGCGUUUGAGAUCAGGUUGAACAAGUUCAAUUUGUCGGCCAUGUCUGUUAAAGACAGGUUAAACGGGUCAAAAGACUCUAACGUGACGUUGAGUGAGAACGAAGACGCCAUUUUAGAUGCUGCUCACGGACAAAUCAACAGAAAACCCGGCUUGAAUGUCGUCCGGGACACCAUUGACGGUGAACUUGAAAAACUCAAACGCCAGGCUGAAAUUGCCAUUCACAACAACCAAUACUAGUCCUCCUUGUACAUAUAGAAUAAUUGACAUAAUUUU